CUUGAGGGUUAUAAAAACAUAUCUUGUAGUCUUUGUCGCGGUGGUUUUAAAAUGGUUAUUCUAUGAAUUGUCUUCCUAAAUUGCGCCUCCCUUCUGAAGUAGAAGACUAUUUGAGAAAAUCUCUCAGCUCGAUAGAGACGCCUGGUGAGAGUGAAGUCCAGGGAUUUGAUAGGUUGCUAUCAUGUCUUGGUCAGCCACCACUUUUUACAACAGUGCGUGUAAAUACGCUAUUGGUGACCAUAUCUGAAGCCAAGGAACAGCUCGAGCAAGCAUUGCUUAAGCAAUACUCUGAGAGGGAAAGGCCAUGUUUAGAGGUGACCGUCCAUCACAGCUUACCUGAUGUCCUGGUUAUCAAGGGAUCUGGACCACACCUUGACCUCCCCAAGCACACCAAGCAAAUAAUUGUGGACACCCAUUGCGGCACUGCAGUGUUGCGGGGUGCAGAUGUAUUUGCACCAGGUGUCAUAGGGGCCCAUCCUGGCAUUCAAAGUGAGGAUGAUGUUUCAGUUUUUGCUGAUUUAGACAAGCAGUGCAGAAGAGGUUGCUCUAAGCCAUACAAUGGCAGCACACUGUUCGUAGGGAAUGGCAAGGCUGUGAUGUCUAGAAGCGACAUAUUCUGUACAAAUGGCAAACUCAGUGGCAUUGCUGUAAGGAUGUGCCAGCCCUUGUACGACUGUCCAUCGCUGAGUGGUGUCUUGACUGAUGUUCUUUUCCUGCAAAACCUGCCGUCAGCUGUAGUUGGGCACAUUCUGGGUCCUCAGUCAGGGGAGAGUGUACUUGACAUGUGUGCCGCGCCAGGAGGAAAGACAUGCCAUAUUGCUGCCCUAAUGAAGAACAAGGGUUUGAUUGUAGCAUUUGACAAGAGUCAACCUAAAAUACAGAAGAUCAUAGCGAACUGUGAAAUGCAGAAAGUGUCCAUUGUAAAGACUCAUGUGAUUGACGCAUCGAAGGCACUUGACACCAAGGCUGCACCGUCUUCCCGAGAUGUCUCAACUACCUCCCCACCAUACCCCCCUGAGGCAUUUGACCGAAUUUUACUGGACGCCCCUUGCAGUGCCCUUGGUCAGCGACCUCAGUCAGUAGUGCAUAUGAAACUAAAGGAACUUCAAUCUUUCCCAAAGUUGCAACGAAAGAUUUUCUCAUCUGCGGUCGGAUUACUGAGGCCAGGUGGCACCCUAGUGUACUCCACUUGUACCAUAACACCCGAGGAGAAUGAGAAGCAGGUAGCCUGGGCACUACGCUCAUUCCCAGGCCUCAGGCUUGUCCCACAGGUUCCUCACCUUGGCGGUCCAGGGUUCCCAGAUUGCGGUUUGUCUGACCAUGAUCGUGGCCUGGUACAGAGGUUUGACCCGACUCGAUCUAGUGUUGAGCCCUGUUGUGACGUCGAUACAAUAGGCUUCUUUAUCGCGAAGUUUGUAAAGUCUUAGUUACGUCUAUCAAGUGUUGUAGGUGUAGCAAAGCUUUUGGUCAUUGUU